AUGAAACAAAUAAUUAUUAUUAUUUUAACCAUUCUCGUAUUUCUUGGAUUAUCUUUUAUUCAAGCAGAAGAUGCCUACUUUGCAUUUAGAACACAUGGAUCAAAACAUGACUUUAUUUUUAAAUUAUCAGAAGUAGAAAAGAUUGAACAUACCAGAAAACUAUUAAAAGAUAACCGAAAUGAACAACCAAUCCAUGUAAUGGGAAGAAUCAAAAAGACACAAAAAGAUUAUAAUCCAUACUACUCUUUUCAUCUUGACCCUGAUACUAUCACCUUUUUCGAUAUGUCCAUCGGAGUUUGUGACAGUACUCUUCAAUAUGUCGAAGAACAUUUAGAUCAAGUCGGGGGUGCUUUUCUUCCAGGAUAUUACAGAUUAUUCAUUAUUCAACGAAAAACCGAUCAUGAAAACCCAUUGACCUCCAUACCGACAAUGCUUUGUGGCUUUUCUCCAGGAGAUAUUCCUCGAGAUAAAUUUUCGUUGGUCGUAGAGUUUUUGUUGACAAAGGAUCUUUGA